CUCACCCUUCUCGUCGUCUCCCUCCCAACAGUCUCGACGGGCGCCGUCUCCGCUUCUCCGACUCCGAGAUGGCAGCCUCGGCAUUAGCCUCCCGCGCGCUGCAGCCUCCGCACUGCCACCACCCCGCCGCCCCUCCGCCGCGCGCGCGUCCGGCAAUUGCCGCUGCUCCAAGGGCGCGCGGGUGCGUGGCGCCCGCGUCCGCGCGGUGCCGGGCAGUGGCUGCCGACGAGCGCCCCGCAGACCCCGCGUUCCCCGAGGGCCAGAACCGCGGGCUUUCCGGGGCGGUGGAGAGGCCGGAGGCGGACGUCGUCGUGAUCGGCAGCGGGCUCGGUGGGCUGUGCUGCGCGGGGCUCCUGGCGAGGUACGGCCAGGACGUGCUGGUGCUCGAGAGCCAUGACCGCCCGGGAGGCGCCGCGCACUCAUUCGACAUCAAGGGGUUCAACUUCGACUCGGGGCCGUCUUUGUUCUCCGGGUUCCAGUCCAGAGGCCCCCAGGCAAAUCCACUUGCUCAGGUCCUUGAUGCCUUAGGUGAAUCGGUACCUUGUGCAUCAUAUGACUCUUGGAUGGUUCAUGUACCUGAAGGACAGUUCCUCUCUAGGAUUGGUCCAACUGAAUUCCUCAAGGACCUUGAGACAUUUGUUGGUGUUGACGCUGUCCAGGAGUGGAAAAAGCUUCUUGAUGCAGUUAUUCCUAUGUCUGCAGCUGCAAUGGCUUUGCCUCCACUUUCAAUUCGAGGUGAUUUGGGUAUUCUAUCAACAGCUGCUGGUAGAUAUGCUCCUUCUCUGUUGAAAUCAUUCAUACAAAUGGGACCCCAAGGAGCUCUGGGCGCAACUAAACUUCUACGACCAUUCCAAGAGAUUGUUGAUUCGCUAGGGCUGAAAAAUCCCUUUGUUCGUAACUGGAUCGAUCUCCUGUGCUUUCUACUUGCUGGAGUCAAAUCUGAUGGUGCUCUUUCUGCAGAAAUGGUUUAUAUGUUUGCAGAAUGGUAUAAACCAGGAUGCAUGCUUGAGUACCCACUGGGUGGAACUGGAGCAAUAAUAGAUGCCCUUGUGAGCGGUAUUGAAAAAUUUGGUGGCAGAAUUGCUCUUCGUUCUCAUGUUGAGAAGAUCUUAAUCGAGAAUGGUCGAGCAGUUGGUGUCAAGCUACAAAGUGGACAAGUCGUACGUGCAAAGAAAGCAGUUGUUAGCAAUGCAUCUAUGUGGGAUACUUUGGAUCUGCUACCACCAGAUGUUGUCCCAAAAGCAUAUGAAGAUAAAGUGAAAGCAACUCCACAAUGUGAUUCUUUUAUGCAUCUUCACUUGGGUUUUGAUGUAGAGAAUGCGAGAGAGGACCUCGGUAUCCAUCACAUUGUGGUUGAUGAUUGGAACAAAGGAGUUGAUGGUGAACAAAAUGUUGUGCUGAUAUCCGUUCCUAGUGUUCUUAGUAAGGACCUGGCACCGCCUGGAAAGCAUAUUCUUCAUGCAUAUACACCAGGGACAGAACCUUUCCGUUUGUGGGAGGGAAUGGACCGGAAAAGUACAGAUUAUCGAAGGCUGAAGGAAGAACGUUCUGAGGUGAUGUGGAAAGCAGUGGAGGUUGCUCUUGGCCCGAAAUUUAGCCGAGAAAAAUGCGAUGUUAAGUUGGUCGGGACACCAUUAACGCAUAAGAGAUUUCUCAGAAGGAAUAGGGGAACCUAUGGUCCAGCCAUAAAAGCUGGAGAAGCCACUUUCCCUGGGCAAGCAACACCAAUCCCACAGCUCUUCUGUUGUGGUGACUCGACUUUCCCAGGAAUCGGAGUGCCGGCAGUCGCAGCCAGCGGUGCGAUCGUCGCCAACACUCUGGUCUCGGUGUCGCAGCAUUCAGAGCUUCUUGACGCUGUUGGAAUUUGAGUGGCAGGCAUGUCCUGGUGAUCACGCUCCAUAAAGGAAACAUAAUUCCAUUGCAGCAGCAUCAGACCAUGUAGACCAUGACCAGGCAUAUUGGUUUGGUACACGAGCUUAAAAUACAUUACUUCAUAUCGUUGUGUAAUGUUAACGACAAGUGUAAAACCUUGCACAUAAAGUUUGCCCCAGGAACCAUAAAUUGGACGGAAAACAUGGCAGGUUGGAGCUGUAUGUGGUUAACUACACUUGUGCCCACCUUAUAGGCUGACACGUUCACAUGGAAGUGGUAAAACUGUAUUGUAACUUGUAAGGCAGUCAGCAUGUGAAUACUUUUGACUAAACGAAAGUUGCAGCCUCAAUGUGGCAUUGCUGCACAAAAUUACGUCAAAAGUUAUACAUGGCUACAUGCUUUCUGUAAUGCACUAAACUAAACUACAAUAUGGUGAUGGAACACUGAAAAGGUGCUUUUAA